GCUAUGAUGGAUGAUUUCUAUAUGAUAACUCAGGAGGACCUGGAAGAUAUUAAAGAAUCCAUAUCUACUCAGGAUCUCCCAACAGCAGUAAACACGAUCAAAGGAUUCCUUGAAAAACAGGAUCAUGUAGAACUUAACGUUGGUGUGACGGGGGAGUCUGGUUCUGGAAAAUCCACGUUUGUCAAUGCAUUCAGGGGUUUAGGGGAUGAAGAAGAAGGCUCUGCUAAAACUGGCCCUGUAGAAACCACUAUGGAGCCUGAAGCUUACCUUCACCCAAAAUACAAAAAUGUGAAAGUGUGGGAUCUUCCUGGCAUUGGAACACCAAACUUCAAAGCCGAUGAGUACCUUAAACUGGUGGAGUUUGAACGCUAUGAUUUUUUCAUCAUCAUCGCUUCAGAUCGGUUCAGAGAAUGCCACACUCAGCUGGCCAAAGAGAUCAUGAGAAUGGGGAAAACUUUUUAUUUUGUUCGUUCCAAGAUUGACUCAAGCAUUGAUGCUGAGAAGAGGAAGAAGAGCUUUGACCAGAAAAGGACACUGGAUACCAUCUGAGAGGAUUGUGAAAAUGGUCUGAGAAAGAUCAGUAUAGAGCAUCCUGU